AUGCAGCUCACUUUCAAAUUUCGAGUAGAUGACAACCCUGGUGACACUGCUAUUGGGACCGGCAACAAUGUGCCUUCAGUGCGGUCCGUCAAACUCAUCAAAGACACCAUUCAACGACUAUGCGGUAUCCGCUCGAUUCCUUAUGAUGGCACUCUUGGGCAUAGAUACUAUGUUAAUUUGUUGUCUGACAUUAUUUGGCAAGUGUUUCACCCACUGUUACGCUUCUACCCUGAAGAUGCUGGUGCAGAACUAAAUGAAGCUCGACAAGCUAAACAUUGGCUUGAGGAACUUGACCUGGAGCUGCUUAUGCCUGUCGUCAGACUGCACAAUCCAUAUUUCUUCAUUUUUGAGCCCGCAUUGUUAUCAAGUGGCCGAGCUUGCAUGCCAUUUUGCUGGUUCACACGUGGCAGGAAGAUGUACACUAAAGCUUGGUCACUGCGGCCUGUCACUCGUGAAAUGGAUUGCAUGUUGGAAGAUGAUCUACUUGUAUCAUUCAAAAACUGGAGUUCAAGCGAAGCAACAUCUGGUCUACCUCGUGCAUGCUCAAUCUAUGGUGUCGAACGUGAACUGAACGGCGAACUGCAGCCCUGGACAUUAACAAAUCCUUCUGAAGGCAAUCAAUGGUGUGUUCGGGCAUCAGGUGCUCAUGUAUCUGCAAUGCCUCUCUGGUUAUACUGCGACAACACAUCUGGAAACUUGUUGAAGAAAUGGAACAAACACAAUUCUUUUCUUUUUACAGCUGCAGGAUUGCCGUGA